GGUUUCAUUUUUCUUCUUCAAUCUCUGUAUUCCAAUGGAUUCUUCAUCAUAUCCUCACAAACAUCCUAUACUCCAUUCGCCCUUCUAGGCAUAUGAUCGAUCAAGGGUUCCUUUGGUUUGAGCUCAAGUAGUGGCGGCUUCAACUAGGGUUCUAUUGCAGAACCGAUCUGAUUUGAAUACCGGCGGCUAAGGGGAGUGGGAGCUACAUGGCCUAUGAGAAGCACAUGGAAUACACGGAGAGAAUUACAUCCAACUAUCAGGAUGGCGAUACUAAAAGAUGUUUGCUCUGUUUGUGUAAGGUAACCCAAAUCUAUUGCUCAUGUUGAGUUGAGUUCGAGAUCUUUUCAAGUUGUGGUCAUGUUGAGACGAAUGAUGGAUGUAAUGGGUGACAAAUGACUUCAGUAAAAAGCAUAAAAGAUAGACCGAUUUCAGGGGCGUUGACCGAAGAUGAGUUGAAACAGUUUUCGGGUUUGUCUUGUACACCACCAAGGAAGUCACCUGGCAAAAGCCCUAAUGAUAUGCCAAUAAAUGGUAGUGUUGGUAGCUACUGGAGCCACACGAGCUCAGCACAAUUUUCGAGCCCAUGUUCAUCGUAUAAAGGCAUACCGAAUGCCACCAGCAAGUACAGAGAGGCUUCAGCAAAGAGAUUCAUAGUAACAGGAACAGGGAAGAUUGUGAGGAGGAGAACUGGGAAACAACAUUUGCUUAGAAAGAAAAAUGCUAAGAGAACACGUCUCUUAAAACGGUUCAAGUCGACCGCAGUGACUACAACAAUGUCAUAGGGGCAUUGCUCUAUCUGAAGGUUUACCGGGCCAAUUAGUCCGGACCGUUAAACCGUUUUGACUCAGCUUGCAAGCUGUGUACAGAGCUAAUAGGUUUGUUGUAUUUAUGGUUAAGUGUUUUUACUCCUUUGCCUUGUUCAUGUAAUUCACAGCCACCGCAGAUACAAAAUUUAUUAUGUAAUGUGCUUUGAGAGGCACCAUCUUUUAUGAAGCAUUACAUGUAUAUUUUCACCGGCUUCUGACUUUUGAAAAGCCACAUAUAGUGAAGAAUGUAGCGCCGCAAUGGAUUAUCUUU